AUGGCUGAACCGACCCUUGAGAGUCUCCCCACUGAGCUUAAAAUUCUCAUUUUAUACCGAGUGCCGGAUCACGACACCCUCAAAUCCCUCGUGCUUGCAUCACCCGAAUACCACCAUGCAUACCUUGCGGUUAGACAGGAAUUGCUUGAAUAUCUUGUCCAUCAACAAUACUCUGGAUUUCUCGAUCUGGCGGACGCACUUACUGUUGUGCGGACUCAAGGCGUGUAUUUUAGCUCAUACAAGGAAAGCGCGAUUUCCUUGCUGGAUUGCUGGCGCCGCAGAAAUGAGACUCACAGUCUUGGCCAAGCCUUACGCAAACCCGACGGCCUAGAGGAAGUCAUAAAGCUCCUCCAGUUUCACAAACUUCUAAGCUUCUUUCUCGAGGACUAUUCGAUCAACGCACCACGCCCUCCAUGGAUUCAACCGGCACAGUGGAAAAAUGAAUAUCUGCCAUUGGGUUUCACGCCUUUAGAAACACGCCGUUUCCUUAGGGCAUUAUGUCGAUUCCAACUCCUACACAAUAUCUUUGGGGACCAAAUCGAGUGUGAACACGACUAUGAUGAAAUCCCCAAUUGUGAUAAACACCCUGAUUGUGAUAAACACGGGGUCAGACCGAUCUGGCAACUAGGGGAAUUCAAUGGAAGAAGAGGCCCCUCGAGAAUGAACAAUACUUGGCUUUGUGGUCUAGAGGCAUAUCGGUUGUUCUAUGGCAUAAUGCCCCCUUGGGAAUACGAAGAGAUGGGCUGUGUGUUUGGUUACCUUGUUUCCAAAAUCAAGCCUAUCUCUAAGGAGAUUGCAGACGACUUGCGACAACUCAUCAAAAACACACCGUCUGAGUUCUUUUGCGAUAUUAUUCCUAGGGAGCAGCGGCCGCCUGUUUGCGAAAUUGAGAUAGAAAGUGACCUUGAUCAUUUUGACAAACACUUUAAGGGCCUAGCGGGGCUGGGACCAGAAUUUCUAUAUCGCGUUCUCCAUAUGGAUCGGCUAUCACGACGCAAUACUGUUUGCAACAACACCAGGGGCUUCUGGCCGGGGCCAUUUAUUGGACUUCAAAUGGGGCUCUCGUGGGACAAACGGUUUCCAUUCAUAGAUCCAAUGGAUCGCCUUGAGUUUUCCCAACAUUUUGAACAGUUCUGGUCGGCUUUAUCGCCUCUUGAACAGCCCAGUGUUGGUUGGAAAAAAGCGAGGCUGGUGCCCUACAACGAAGGCGAUAGUUUUGAGGAUUCCUUGAAUUACAAUCGAGCUCAUGAAAAGGACUGGGAAUGGUGUUACGCUCUCUGGGAUGAGAGGAGAUUGCAGGAGUGGCGGGCGCCGUUGUUAGAAGAUGUUGUUUAA